AGCUUCUGGGCUCUCGACGCGGAUGUUACAUGUUUCAGAGCCAUGGCAGAGGUGCAGACCCGUCCAGGGCUGUUGCAGAGCCUCUCAGUGGAAGCGGAUGCCUUCCUUAAGACCCAAGAGUUCACCGGCAUGAGCCGGAGUCUGGUGAAGGACCUGGUGGAGAAGUCAGAAGUCGAAACCUUCGUGGGUGACGAAGUCAUCUUGCACGAGCGCGACGAGGUUGACAGGUUUUAUUUUCUCAAAGGCGGCGAAGCCGCCGUUUGUGUCGACGAUGAGCCGAUCGAGAAAAUCCCCACCGGCUCCUUGAUCGGCCUCGGAGCCAUCUUCGAAAGCCUGGGGCUUCCAGUGUCCAUCAAGGCCACUGCCUCCUGCGAGUGCCGGUCCAUAUCCAAACACACGUUCCUGGCUGCCUUGCAGAACCACCCCGAGGACGCCAAGCUUUUGCGAUCCGUCCUGGAACGGCUGGGCAAAGAGGAGUCCGUUCGCUGGGAGAAGCGGAGCGCGCUCAUGCGCACCAAGCGGAAGUUGAAGGCCAUCUCCAUGAUGCGGGAAAACAAGAAGGCCUCGCGCCAAGAGUCGGAGACCAACGACUUGAAGCUGGACGUCAGCGAAGGCUUGGGCAGCCGUCUUGCGCCUCCCAGAGACGAGGCGAAGCGGAGAGCAAAGGUCCAGAUGAUCCGAGCUCAGCUGCAAGCGCGGGCGCGAGGGGUGGUUGCCAGUAGCCCGAGCGGGACCGGACCAUCAGCGGUUGCACCUAGCCCGGUCCCAACGAGACCCAGGGCGCGUUUGCGCGCAGGCACGGAGCCGGCAGACCUGCAGAACUCACCCAUGCUGUCACAGCGGAGCGACGAGGAUGUUGUGCCCGUCCUUCAUCUGGAGGAUGAAGAAGAGUUUCACUCCAUCCGCGACACCUGCGCUCCGGAGGAGAUUUGUCGAGCAGCGAGAACGGCCCAAACCCCGGCGAGGGCGAGCAAUGGGAAGGCUUGAUGCAUGUGGCCGUAUCAGCGCCUUUGUCACCAACCAGUCCAUCUGAGCGAUCGGGAGGACUCUCACGCUUUCGCGCGCGACGCGAGGAGGGCACUGCCAGCGUUCGAGCAACUCGAUCCAUUACGCUUGGCCGGCCCUCGGUGAACAGUUCCCGGCACGUGAAGAGAGGCUUGUUGCCUGUUGUGCCGGGCGUGGCGAAGGCCGCCACGGACACCGCGUGAGACGCGAAAACGCGAGGCCAAGGUUGCGACACUGCUAGCCAUCAAGCUGUGAAUUGCCUGGCCCAGAAUAGAUCCAUAUGGAUCGCGACGAACAGUGACAUUUAUGCCGCCACGAGCAGUGUACCUGUAUAGCUACCAUAGCUUUGAGCUGCAAGUGCCAACAGGCCAUUUGAUUUUGAGCCCCUCCGAGUUGCAGAGUCGGGCGAGAAUGUGGCGCACUCUCUUGGUG